AUGGAAACUCCCACUAUCGCUCAAACGACCAUCUCAACCGACCAACCUACCAAAGAAAUGUCCUCAACCGUCAUCCCAGUCACAGACCUCGAAGACGGUCCCCUCUUUCCAGCCUCCCUGAUCUCGCCUGAGGUUAUCUCCCUCCUCCCAACAGACUAUACUAUCCGUCCCCUUCGCCGCUCAGACUACCAGCGCGGCUACCUCGAUGUUCUGCGCGUGUUGACUACCGUCGGUGAGAUCAGCGAGGAGCAGUGGGACAAGCGGUUUGAUUGGAUUCAAUCCCGCAAUGACGAGUACUACAUGCUUGUUGUGUGCGAUGGAGCGGAUCGGGUCGUCGGUACCGGAUCGCUAAUUGUUGAGCGCAAAUUCAUUCAUGAGCUGGGCAUGGUUGGGCACAUUGAGGAUAUUGCUGUUGAGAAGGGUCAGCAGGGGAAGAAGUUGGGAUUGAGAAUUAUUCAAGCUUUGGAUUUUGUUGCGGCGCAGGUUGGGUGCUAUAAGAGCAUUCUUGAUUGUUCCGAGGCCAAUGAGGGCUUCUAUGUUAAGUGCGGUUUCAAGCGCGCUGGCUUGGAGAUGGCCCACUAUUACUGA